AUAAAAACUACAAACUGACCGGUCGUCGUUGUGGAGGAGGAGGAGGUCUAUUCAGUGUUUUCUGUCUGCCAGCAGGCAGCCAACAUGUUGGCCAUCCUGUCUGUGCUGCUUUUAUAUCUUUUUAAUCCGGUUUGUGGCGUUUUUCAGGCACUUUACUGCAGCAUAUCAGAGAGCUGCGACUGCGACUUCAAGCCGAAUAUCAGAGACCUGGAGUGGGACCUCUACAAGAAUGUUUACGGACAACAUCUGGCCCAGGAGAUCGUGUCAGAGGAGGUGGCGAGGUUCCUUCGGAAUAAAAGCCCCGAGCGGCCCCUGGUGCUGUCCUUCCACGGCCCCUCUGGGACGGGAAAGACGCUGGUCAGCUCCAUGCUGGGAAAUCACCUGUACGGCUCGGCGAUGAGCAGCCCCUUCGUCCACCAGUUUGUCCCCACGCUGCACUUCCCCUCAUCUGACCGGGUCAAGCAGUACAGGAAGGAGUUGAAGAGCUGGGUGCAGGGGAACCUGACGGAGUGCGCUCGCUCCGUCUUCUUUUUUGACGAGAUGGAGAAGAUGCCUCCAGGUCUCAUCGACGUCUUGGAGCCCUUCCUGGGUCCCUCCCACGUCGUGUUUCGCACUAACUACCGCAAGGCCAUCUACGUCUUCAUCGGCACCACAGGACAGGAGGUGAUCAACAAGAUGGCUCUGGAGAGCCGGCAGGCCGGACGGGAUAGAGAGGAGAUCCAGCUGAUCGACAUGCAGGACGCCAUCGCACGGACGGUUUACAACAGCACAAAAAGCGGCUUCUUCCAUUCCAGCAUCAUCCAGCAGAAGCUCAUCACCCGCUUCGUGCCCUUCCUGCCGCUGAGCCGGCGCCACGUGGAGCGCUGCGUCCGCUCGCAGCUCUGCCAGCGGGGCAGCUGCGGCCGCGGUGACGUGGUGGAGGCGGUGGGCGGCGACAUGACCUACACUCCCGUCCAGGGACAUUACUUCUCCACCACCGGCUGUAAGAGCGUCCCCGCCAAAAUCAACCUCUUCCUGUGAGCCGAGAGGGGGGGGGGAACUGAUGGUGUUUUUAAGGACUGAAAGGGAAACUCCUUCUGAGGUGAGUCGGUGAAGAGAAACAGAUCUCUGAGUUGAUCGGUUUCUCCCACGUGGAGGUCGGCGAAGCAUCACUGGAGCAAGGACGCCUCGUGGACUUGGAAUCAAGGGGAAGCAGCUCUGUCAAUGCGAAGGUUCCCUGAAGGCGUCGUCGGUACACGUCCAACAGUGAGCACAGGAGAGUUUAUUCCCUGAGCGUUAACCAGGAGUCAUGCAGCGCUCUACCUCAAACCCAGCUCUACCUUUAAUAUAUGAACUCGGUACAGGGUGCUUUCAUAUCUCAGCUGCAGAUGCCAUCAGUUAAUUUGUUUUAAAGUUUAUUUAUUCAGUAUUUAUUUAUCUUUUUCUCAACACCACCCUUCACACAGUCACACAGGUCACCCACUGGUGUCCACAGCAGGUCCGGUGCCUUGCUCACCUGUUAUGCCUUGUUCACACUAUACGACUUUAGCCCUGAUUUUCAGCUCCCCGACUAAAGCUCCAGAUCAGAGGAAAAUCAGCGUUGGCUUGGCGCUCACAAACCGGCGCUCGAUUCUCAUGUGUGAGCAGCUCAAAGACGCUCGCCGAGAGGCUCGCAGUCACAUCCCAGAUAUCUAUCAUGCUAAACAUCUGGACCUGUCGGGGACUCCGGCCACGAGCUACAGCCAAUGAGAGGGGUCGCCUGUAACAACAGGAACUUAAGAUUUGUUUAUACUUGCGCAGGCCUCCGUAGAUGACAAGUGCACUACGAGCAUGCACAGAGGCGUUUAUGCUCAGCGCGUUGUUCGUUGCAAUAUGCUCCGAAAACGCCAGGAGGCGUACAAACUAAAUAUUCUGUGGAUAAGCAAGAAGUCAACGAGUGGUACCGGGAAGGAAAGUAGGCCGCCUGGCAACAGUAGUGAACACUAAACUCUGACGUACGUACCGCCAAACAUUGCAUUUGUGUACUGGAAUUAUUACUGUCGCUUACCUCCAAGGCGUUCAUGUCGGUGCGUAGUUAAAAAAAUUCAGAGAUGCACAACAGAGUACCGCUCAACUUGAGGAGCCUUUGCGCACCACGCGAAAAGCCAAGAUGAUGUCAUUUUCUGGCGCUUGCGCACCUCGCACCGCCUUCACUACAGCAAGCAUAAACCAAGCUUCACUGUAUGUGCUGCAUUUGCAAUGCGGAGCAAAGUUGUUGUUGUUGUACCGAGAGGAAUAAAUAGUAAACCAGACGUGUGUAAACUGGUGGAAACAGGCUACUUUGUGAACACGUACCAACAACAACAUCAGCAAUGUGUCUCGUGUAUGGUAUCACGUCAUUAAAUGUAUAUUUCUUGCGUGUUUUUAACGUGACAAAACGUAGUUUGGAGACGUCAUCUGGGAUUCCUCCUGGUGAAAGAUCAUGUAGUGCCAACGGUCAGUCAUGAAGCGUGAAAACCACGACGACUUAAAGACUCCUGAUUACAAGACAGGAAGUAGUGUGACCAGUACAGAGAUGUGAACACUUUGAAAGUCAUGUAGUGUGAACUUAUCUUUAGUUGACGAACAGCAGUAGAAAGCAGCUCGGCCUCUUUUCUCACUGAUAGAUUUUUUUUACUAAAAGGGAUCAAAAGUUUCAAACAAGUUUUGUUGAUUUUUAAUACGUCUGAAUGUUUUAAUUUGUGCGAGAAAAAAUCUUUAUGUUCAACACAAAGUUGCAAAGAGUUCCUAAACUUUUCCGAAGCUGAGACAAUGUGUAUUUUAGCUGGAUUACAGCACAUUUUGGCUUCAUCUAAACAGCUGGAAAGUGACUCAACUUGUGUGAAAGUGUCAAAAACACUAGAAUAAGAAAUACAAGUUUCACUUAGCGACACGUAGAGUGAUUGGGAUGUGAUUCCAUGUGAGGAAUUCAUGAAAUAGGACAGAUGUUUUUGGCUCAUGCCGUCAUUGGCGCUGAACCAAAUCUAAUAAAUAUAAUGCAACAAUAUACAGUAAUUAUAAUGAUAUCUACCAAUACAAGUCCUUCAAUAAGAACCCAGUAACUUGUGACUUCACUCAGCAACUUUCAAUUAAACAUGUGUCGUACCAAACUACAUACAAUAAGUAUUGUAUUAUACCAUAUCUGUAAGUAUUAGUCUUCUGGAAGACUAUUUUAGUUUUUUUAAAUGAAGGAAGAAAGAUUUUACUUGAAAACAGCUUCUUUGCUGCUGUCCAGCACAUCCUUCGUUGUGCCAUCAGGGGGCAGUAAAGACUUCAUUUUGCCAAGACUGGAAGAGGUGAAGCAGAGUUCACCAGCAGCUCAGUGCAUUUUAAUUCAGUUGUAAAAAAAAAAAAGAUAUUUUAUUUAGUUUCUUUAAUGUAAAAAUGUCUAAGUGCACUUUACUUCUAUGGAGGAUAAAAAUGGAGCUGAUGUAUCACUGAGAUCACUGAGAUGAGUCUGUCAGCCAAAAUGAAUACUGUAAUUCGGAAAUAUUGCCACGAGUUUGAAUUGUUUACAACUAAUUAAUGAUUGUAUUACUUGAUGACUGUAUGAAGACCUGCGGCAGCAAGUCAGACUAUUAAAAUACUCUGAAAAUCAAGCUUAAUUGAAUUUACAAGUGCAGUACAGCUAUUGGUUCCAGUGUUUUAUUUUCUACCACCAGACUCCAUGCAAAUAUCAUUCGUUUUUAGUCUGUAGGUUUCACUGCCUUCAGAGGCCAGUCAGUGAGAGUAUUACCACUUCUUACCCUGCCAAUGAAAGACAUGAUCUCCCUUUUUAAGCCUCAACAAUCACUCUCAGAAGCAGACAGUGUUUACAGGGUUGUUUGUGUGGCUUCUUCCAUAGUUAUAUAGGCCACUAUGUUUCCAGUUUCAGCCACUGAAGUGCCUGGAUGUUGGUGGUGACCGAAGCCAAAUGCAACUUGAAUUAAAAAAAAUAAAAUUGAAAUGCACAAC